CAGCAACUUAGGGCGUCUGUCGGGCCCUCGGAAACUAUCUGCACUGUUUUUUUUCGACAGAACUGACAAAAGAAAAAUCCCCAUCUGCGCCCGAUGACUAAGAAGGAUGGGUGUCUUUCGGAUUCCAAAAACUCCUGUGUCUGUCUCCGAUAGUCUCGUUGUCACAGUUUCUCCCGUUUGAGAUAUACGUCAAAAGAGUUCGAAAUCUACAUCAAUUCAUGUCGAAGCUCUGUCGAAACUGAUCUCACUACUUCUACUGUCAUCAGUUGUGCUGAACCUUAAAAUAAUGGAUUCAAUUGCAAAACGCGUCAAUCAGCUGCAACAAUCUCAGAUUCAGAAUCAAAAGAUACCGUCGUUUGGGCUGGAUUUCCGGACCAGUUCCAAACAUCGUAGGAACUCUGAUCAUUCCCUUCAAGGAGGUUUUCAAACCGCCCAACUGGUGAACCCCAGUCAACCUAGACCUCCAGCUAAUUUUAUGGCCGUGUCGCAAGAGUCCAGCCCGAAGACAAAUAAUCAGUCACAUCCGCAGAAGAAUGAAAGCAGCUGGACGUCCCAACAACCCAACAGCCUGAGAUGGAGUGAAGGAGCGACCAGGCAAGAUGAAAGUCCAAAAUCUGGCGAACCGGAAGCGAGAUUUAACAGAGGAUUGACUGAAGAUGAAGCAGGAGCACGACCUUAUCCUUCAAACAACAUCGCCAGUGGGCGACCAAGCAGAGGUCUUCCACGGCCGGAUUCCAUGUUUCUUCCCAAGACGGUAUCUCUGGAAAAGCCUGAAGGAGUUCCCGAGAUGACGAAAGCAUCCACUCGCGAAAAAUCCAUUCUCAAUUUCAAUAUACAACCUACGGAGUACAAAGUAGGGCCAAUGGAGCAAUCGAAACAACCACAACAACAGAAAAAUGAUCAGCAUCAUGCUAGAGAGCUUGAACGGCAACUACAACAGCCUUAUUUCUACAGUCCACAAUUACCUCAUCAGCUCCCACUUCAGCAGCAACAACAACAGCAACAGCAAUUGCAUCCCGGCUACGCUCAACCCCUGAGUGUGUUUCAACAGGCCAGCCCAUCCUACCUGCUGGUUGGUGAUAUAAACCAACUAGCUGGGGUUAAUCAGGGGUCUAAUCCAUCUUCAGUACCUACCUAUCCUGGUAUGGUCAGUUCGCUUUUUGGACUGAUUGGGAAUCAGCCAGGAUAUCUAUGUACACCACAACAGGCCCUGUUAACUCAAACACAACCUGAACCAAUGGUGAGCUAUCAACAGGUUCCAAAUCAGAUGCUACCCAACUCUGCGUUGAUGAGACCACAGGUAGCAAUUGUGGCAACGGAUCCGGGGACACUAAGAGCUCUUCUCACCGGUGGUUUGAACCCUCAAACCUUCUUACAACCCAUUAUCAUCCCCACACAACCCCCGUUACCCACGACCAACAUGGCACAAGUGAGCAACCAGUUGGUUCCCGCUGGUCAAUCCGUAUCAGGCGGAAAUGAAACAUCACCCUAUGCAAACUAUUCGCCACAACCGGUCGUCACAUCAGGUACCGAUUAUAUGAAGGGUAUAUGGUCCACAGGAUCACAGGCCUGUGCAUCCGGAACACACGGGGCACCUUCUUUCGGAAUACCCGUUUCGCAAACUACUUUCACCCAAACCUCAACAGGAAUACCGCCCGUACGAGAGCACAGUAACGAUGCAGGAUGGUGUGAGCAUUCUGUGGUUGGCAGAAACGGAAUCCACCAACAACCAACCCAAGCGCGAGAGCCAAUCAAGAAAAGCAAUAUAAAUCAGAAGACGGACCAUGAAAAUUUCUCAGACCUUAGUCGUGAUGUAGUGGUCCGGUCUAGGCAUGCAACCUCUGGAGACCAGCUAUCACGCCCACAGCAGCAACACACACCACCAACAAAGGAGUGUCGAGACCCGGAACAACAAAAAGCGCAAGAGUUUCGACAAUCACAGCCAUCUCCAAAUGAUCAAGUGGUUGAUCAAGUUGUUCCCCGUAUAGGCCAUCCACCGCGAACCCUUCGUUUCCUUGCCCGGCCGGACGCAGCCGAUGGCCUUGCAGCCAUGGAGGAAGUGAAACACAUCCCCUCCACUGCAACCACAGUAGCCUAUAGGGAACCGAAAAAACUAGAGGCCAUUUCCUUGUUUGAGAGCAGUAGAUCCAGCGAGAAACCUCUAAGAAGACAACUGACCACAGAAAAUGAGGCAUGGACCGCGGGAGAUUCAGAUACACUGGGACGACGCCGAGAUCCAAAUUCCAUUAGUGCCUAUUAUGAGAGAAUCAAACAAAGAGGUAACCGUCCUUUAAGUGCCUAUCGACCAACCUCCGUUAUGCAGGAUGAAGAACAUUCCAACCAAGAAAAAUUGACACAUGUUCGGUCUACUUCCUCUGCCUCUAGAACAACAGGGAAUGAAUCAAAAGCGGAGAAGAGACUUGAUGAGCGGAAACGUCAACCUGUCCGACGGGCGGUUACAUUUGCAAACGAGAAGUCCCAUUCACCCGAACCAAGUAACCAUAUACCUGCGAAAGAUCCAUCUGUAAUGUCAGUUGCUGAACGAACUCGUCGUUGGCUUCAGGUUAGAGAACGCGACAUGAACGACAAAUAUCGGUAUUCCACAUGUGGGUUCAUAGAUCAAGACUUAAUUGAUUGUCAGGAUUUGGUCCCAGUGGAGGACCGAGUGAAGAUGUUCGAUAGCGGAAUGCACCUACCAAAGGAUUCAGACGAUAUGAUUCCUACGAAACUUGAACCGGACAGCAAUCCCACCUCGCGGCCUAAUUUGGACAAGCCAGUUUACCUGACUGAUAAUGAGCAAAGAGAUAAACGCGCAACAACCCCAAGCAAAGCAGUUGCCUCAGUCAAGCUGCAAACAACCCGAUCCACAAGUGGAAGUUUCUUCACACCCCGUUCCGCGGUGGGGCUACAACAUUUGAGGUUAGGAACGCCUUCAAUCAGUAGACGACCAACUGCGACAUCACAGAUAACAACCAAGAACGAACCUGAAAAACAAAUGAACGCGCAGGGAGAUGAACUUGCCAGCAUGAGUCUUGCAGAGAAACGUCGACUAUUCAGCCGACAGAAUCCACCAAAAACGGCCAACAACAUACGAUCAAACAGUCGCAGGAAAACCCAACCGGUUACGCUGGAUGACCUAGCAAGAGCCAAUCAGCUGAUCCUUGCAAGAUUGGAUGGGCGAAGUUUGGAAUCCCCCUCAAGUAUUUUACGUGAUGACAAUGAGAGUUUCGGUUUUCCAGAACGGGCUUCGGAAGUGUCCACUCCCGAAGCCAGCAUACUAAGAUUCGAUAGUAGAGAAGUGCAACUAAUGAUAAGCCGACCUGGUCUCCGUUCCAUGACUCCAAGCCAAAUGUAUCCUCUUAAUCUAAACAGGAUACAUCAGAUGCGCGAGAACAGUGAUAAAUGGCGCGACCGUGUACAGUCCGCUCUGGUUGUUGAUCAAGACGCAAUCACGAACAUGGAGCAAAGAUAUCAAUCCCUCGCUUCCAGCGCUCAAGAGUGGCGUAAGCGUGUGGCGGAUAAAGAUGUAUCCAAUUUCACUGUCACUGGACGAAUGCAGCGGCGUUCGCCAAACCGGUCUCCAGAGCGAAACCCCACCCCACUCAGCCUUGAAGAUGCCAUAAAUUUCCCCCACCGCCCACCAGCUGUGCCUAUCGCACGCGCAAUGUGUAAAGAAAACCGACCAAGAUUUUACGGUCUACGGCAGUCUAUCGGCAGUUCAUCCCCUUACACGAGGCCCCCACGUGCAAGCUGUAUGUUAUAUGGCCCGUUUAUGUUUAUCUUUGGGUUGUUGCUGCCUUUUGCUCCACCUGUAUGCAGUGUCAAACUAAUCAGUAAUAUUUUAUUUUCUGCGCUAGCUGCCAGAAUAUUCACCCCAGAAAACCACCGGACAGAUGCUCAUCCCGAAAAAUCGCCUUCUACUGUCGCUCAAGCAGCAACCAAACAGACGGUUCCUGUGCCUGCCAUGCACGAUGAUCUACUGACGGACUUCUUCUCCGCGGAGCCAAUAACUGAUGGCCUACAACCAGAUCAGUUGGAAUUCCCGGAGUGGAGUUUGCCUUCUGCCGAUCGGUUCGGUGACAACUACCAGCGUAUAACCGAUGCCCGACGUGCAGUCCGUCCGGACCGUCGAAGACCUGCGAAAACCCCUAACCCACUCAAAAUCCUGGCUCAGCGUACCGAUCUUCGUACAGAGUAUGAAGAAGUUCGCUGUUACAGCGCAAUACCAUCCCAAACGCAUAAGCUGUUGGGUCCGGUCGAUCCUUCUAGCCGGGUUGCUGCUGAUGCCGCCUUGCGGAAGACAUUGCUCGCUGAGUCGGCCCUCACUGGAUUAAGUAGUCUGGAAAACUUUUCGGAGGCGAAAAACAGUUUACGUCAAGUUACUAAUGACCAGCCGUUACCGCUGUCUUCCUUCCAACGUAGCUUGCUGCCAUUCAAACCAGUAAUGCUGUUGCAUAUCAAGGGUGACAGUAUUGGACCGGUUUUCAUUGGUAUUUCCGCAGGUCGUCGACAAGUUCAGGUUCGGCUUGUAUGUCCCAGUGCAAAGUCCAUGAAUUCUGGUGACUGCUUCAUUCUGGUCACUUCGGAUGCGGUGUUUGCCUGGUUCGGUGCGUUCGCCAAUGUUGUCGAGGUCAACAAAACUCGCGAACUGGCCGGUUGGAUUCACAAGUCCCACGAAUUGGGUUAUCGUGCCUCGGAAUCCAGUAGUCCAGAUUUCAUCACAGUUCAAGAAGAUUUAGCAGAACAUGUGGCGAAAAACAGCGAAUCUGUUCACAAAUUUUGGAGAGCUUUGGGGUAUGAUGAACCACAAACGGUUCAAGGUGAUAAGAAUUCCCCUCACAUCCUUACACCUAACUCUGCUGAUCGCAAUGAACUGUUGGACGGGAGAAACUUCCGAAGAACGUGGGUUUCCACGUUGUUUUCGGUGAUAAGUCACCUGUCAUCAUCCCUUUAUGUCAUAUUUGCUCUUCCCCUCUAUUAUCUAGCUUGUGGUGCUUCAGAUGAGGACGAGUUGUACGAAAUACUCAUCCAACAUACCAACCGAGUGUUCCAAGUCACCACCGAACAACUGGUCCCAUGCAUGGAACACUGGGGAAGACCAUUGAAACACGCUCUUUUGAAAACUGAUCAAGCGUUUGUUUUUGACUUCGGCUCUGAAAUUUACCUGUGGACUGGAACGCAAAUAUCUGCGGAGCUUCGACUAGCUGGCAUCGAGCUCGUCCAUCAGAUCUACUCAGCUGCUUAUGACUAUGGUCACUGUCGACUUAAUCCAUUGGAUCCACUUUGCACACAUGGAAACAUUCCUUUGAAGGCCGAGAGCAGACCGGAUUGGACGUUGAUAGGACGAGUGACUGAGAAAGGAGAAACUGUCCUGUUCAAGGAGAAAUUCAUCGAUUGGCCCGAGGCCACUCGACUUGGCUUACGACUAAAGCCCGUUAGUAAAUCGUCAGCUACCACUCCUGGAGCCUCUAUUUACUCAGCUAUUCAACCAUACUCUGCAGAAGAACUAUGCCAUGCGGCUUUCAAGGAGCCCCCACCUUCUCCUCUGUUACUCACUUUGGAGGGUCGCUUUGUUGGUCGGGGAGGCGAAGGCUGUCGAUAUGAAGAUGGUAUUGUGCGCCGAUUCCGUGUAGAAUCAGGUUUGGUGCGUGUUUGGCACGUGUCCGAAUUCAACCGGGUUGAGCUAAGCGAAAUUAGCCAUGGACAGUUUCACCAAGGCGACACUUAUGUAGUCCGAUGGCCUUUCAAAGUUAUCCACGUCGGCCUGCGAGACAUCCCAUUACGUUCCGCGGACAGUUCUCGUGAACAGUGUGCCUACUUUUUCUGGCAGGGGUCGCACAGCAAAGUCACUGAACAGGGUGCUGCUGCGCUCAUGACCAUGGAAUUAGACGCAGAACGGGGUCCUCAGGUUCGUCCGUUUCUGUGGUCGGUUUAUUUACAUCGUUCUUAUCCUCCUGAUGUGAAAGAUUUUCAAAUGCACACUGAGUUCAUGAGCUUAUUGAAUAUGCUCUUUUUUCAGGUCCGCAUACCUGAAGGGAAGGAGCCUCCAGCGUUCUGCCGUCUUUUCGAUGGCCGAAUGGUAAUCUACUCAGGUAAACGGAAUGCUGACUGGGACGUCUCUGCAGACACGAAGCCACGCAUUCGUCUUUUCCUGGUUCGUGGUGAAGUACCUGCUGAGGGUUACCUGUUAGAAGUUCCACCUCAGCUUUCCUCGCUCCGUUCCCAAGGCGUAUUUCUGGCCUUGCAAUACGCUCCUUUCGAACGCUCAGUACACAAGGCUUGGUUGUGGUGUGGUCAAUGCGCUGCACAACCUACCGUGGACACUGGACGUCAUAUAGUAAACCAUUUGCGUGAAAGAAAGGUUUUAAUAACCUCUCGAUUUUCUUUUUUUCUGAGAUGUCCACCGGAGUUGGCUACCGCCAUUCCGAAUGUAUUUGAAGUGCAUCAAACCGAGGAAAAGCUAGGACCCGGCGAACUGGUCUUCCUCCUGAAUGCCGAAGAUACUCCUUCCUCUUUGAUAUGUGCUAACCUGGAACGUGCUCAGGGGCCACUUGUGAUUUGGCACUUGACUGCACCCGUCUCGCAACAGCUAAACGUACGACGGUUAAGUUACACUCUUCAGCCCGAUGCGACGCUGCCCGUCAAGCUACCCGAAUUCCAAAGCGCGCAACCGGUCACUGAUGUCAAUCCGAUUGAAAUGUCGAAAAUGGUUGCCGAGCGUUUGCGAGCCUCGAGUGACGUGGUUGCCCUUGGUCAACAAACAAUCAGUGCUCCAGUCAGUUUUCCGUUCCUGUUGAAGGAUCUAUACGCCGCUCCGCAGCCAGCUCUGUUUCUGGUGCUGUCCGGUACGAAGCAUGUCUUCCUUUGGCAAGGUUGGUGGACUCCCAACACUCGACUCAAAUCUCAAACUCCUAGCCCCUCUGUCGGACAACAGUUAUCGCGACCCUCAGUCGUUUCACAAUCCACAUCUAAUGCUGGUCCCUAUUCGGACAAUUCUCCUGAAUGUAUCGACGACAGUCAGCUCGAUAUAGAAGACUAUUCAGAACCAACCACUCCAGAAUCGACCAGAGGUAGAUUCUACGCCUUGCGCCAGGCCGCUCUUAACACAGCUGGAGCACUGGCCAAACGAGUUGGAACAACUGCCGUGGUCGUGUACGGUGGUUUGGAGCCACCCGAGUUCUUGUGCCUCUUCCCACCGUUUGCGCGCAACCCGGAAGCUAGUCUCUACCAUCUACGCGAAGAGGCCAAGGUUGAUGGACAGAUGGAUCCCGUCGAUUCACAACUUACCAUGUCCGCCUCGGUUACCUACACACUGGCUGAACUGCAACAGCGACCUUUGCCAGAUGAACUGGAUGCCACACGUUUAGAGAUCUACCUGAGUCCUGAGGAAUUUCAGACCGUUUUUCGUAUGUCCAAAGAAGAAUUCGAUUCAUUACCCGCAUGGAAGAAAGCCCAGAUCAAGAAGCGUCUCGGUCUUUUCUGAGUAGUUUUUAAGCGCCACUUUCCUACCGACAUUUUAGCCCACGCCUUGCACACCUGCAAGAAUGUGCCAGCCACUGAUGUCUUGAGUUCGUGAUUUCCCUACGUUGUUGAACUAAAUCUGAGGAAAACUGCUUCGCUCUUUGUAAAUCAGAUAAGGUUUUCUGCAUGUGUACUAAUUCGCACAGUUUUGUGGUACAAUCUUAUUAUUGAUGGUGAUUUUCAGCAUACCAGCUACUUUCUAUUCACUUAACUGUACCUACCCUAUUUUUGUAUCCGUUUACACGGAUUCAUUUUACCGAAACAACCGCUGGACAGACACCCACCACUAUGAACUACUAUAUUGUGCCUACUCUCUCCUGUCUUUCAUCCAUACCCUUUGUUCGAUGACUUAUUUCCAUCCCGGCCCAUGUAGUGAGAAACGUACUUCCGCUACUCGAUUAUUCUUCAUGCAUACCUUCACCUUGCUCCUUUCUUCAGUUGUAUUGAAUCCAAGCUGCUACGCAUACUUCAGAUCCCGUUCAUACUGCUUGAGAUAUGUAGGCACUCUCUCAUACACACACGCACAACAACAGUAAGAAACGUUCAUUUUGCUUACUUCGCAUUUUACCGGUCUCAAUCUGUUUCUGCCAAAGACUUCUUUCCGGUAUUGUUUGGCGUUUCUCUUUAUUUGAUUCCGCUAUGGCGGAUUACUGCUGUUAAUGACGCGGUCAUUAUCAUUACCACACACACGCAACAGUAAGAAACGUUCAUUUUGCUUACUUCGCAUUUUACCGGUCUCAAUCUGUUUCUGCCAAAGACUUCUUUCCGGUAUUGUUUGGCGUUUCUCUUUAUUUGAUUCCGCUAUGGCGGAUUACUGCUGUUAAUGACGCGGUCAUUAUCAUUACCUUUGCGUGCGAAGUUAAUUUGAAAUACAAAG